UGGUACGAGAUUUUAUUGAUUGUUUUCUUUCAAGAUUUUCGGCCAGACGGCGACUGAAAUUGCAAGUUACUGUGAUAUAUUUAUUUUCAAUAUUAAACUAUUCUUAUCAAACAAUUAAAUGAGCAGGGAUAUCGAGUUAUGUCUAUAAGUAAUGGAAGGUACAGAACUGGGUGGCGACCAGCAAUUCUGUUUGAGAUGGAACAAUUUUCAAGCAAAUAUAACUUCUCAAUUCGAGGCACUGCGCGAUGAUGAGGACUUCGUGGAUGUCACCCUGGCAUGCGAGGGACACAGGCUCGAAGCCCACAAAGUGGUUCUUUCGGCAUGUAGUCCUUAUUUCAAGGAAUUAUUUAAAAACAAUCCGUGUCCUCACCCAAUAAUAUUUAUGCGCGAUUGUGAAGUGUCACAUGUUCGUGCUCUUCUUCAGUUUAUGUAUGUGGGCCAGGUGAAUAUCGCGCAGGCGCAACUCAGCGCGUUCUUGCGCACCGCAGAUGCGCUUCAGAUACGCGGCCUCACUGAUUGUUCACAACACAACGACAAAAAAGUGAAUCGAAAGUCUCCACCUUCCCAACUACGUAAUUUGCUCAGCGCCAAGCCGUCACAUUCUACCUCCUCCUCCAAAGCCGCAAGCCAAAAUGUGGAAUCGACGUCUGCCGAUGACCCCGAGAAGAAUGCAAGUCGCCGUUCUGAGAUAAAUUCUCCCGAUGUUGCCAGAAAUAAUCUCAACGAAGAAGCUUCCUUUCAAACUUCUAGUCAAACGAGGCCUAAUAAUGACGACUUUAACCAAACUUGUAACUACCCUACAUUGAGGGUGAAAACUGAUCUCGAAGCAACUGAAAUUAACACUGAAGAAAAUGAUAUCCUCAUGGAUCCCGGAGAUUAUAAGGAAGGAGUGGACACGUGCCAAGAAUUCAGCGCGACCGACUUGCUCGAACCAAAAAUGGAAGUCCUGGAGCAAGAAGCCAGCGACGAGGAACGUUCCAGUUUUCAGCCAAUGUACUACAAUGAGAACAAUACUUUGGCGAAUCCAUUCGCCACCUUACAAGGUAACAUCGAUCUCAUGGCCGGAAUGAACGCGGAGCUGCGAGACGAGAAUUCGGAAGGUGCGGGUCGCUGGGACGGGCGACGGAACCGGCCGGUGCCGGACGCGGUGUGGCUCGAGCAGCAUCGCCGCGCGCUGCCCUUCGUGCUCAAGCGGGAGAACGAGCGCGGCGCGCCCGCUCCUAGACUUAUAAAGCUGGGGGAGGGCGUGGAGAUCCGCGAGGAGCUGCUGCGCGGCGUGAAGUGGGGGGACUACCGCAAGGUGACGCGCGGGCUGGCGGCGGCGCUGUUCUCGCCCAUGGAGCUGGCCACGUGCUCCGUGACGGGGCAGCGCUGGUCGCGCGCGGGGCAAGAGGCGCGGCCCACCAAGCCGCCGCUCGAUCGCCGCCGCGUGCACGCGCUCAUCUCCUACGUCAGCCGGCACUUCCCCGACGUCGAGGUCAGCCGCAUCAAGCAGGUGCUCGCCUACAAGUGCAAGGAGAACUGCGCCGCGCUGCGCAUGAGGACCGCCAGGCUGUCGAACUGUUUCAGCGAGUCGAGCAACUACAUGCUGAGCGCGGCCGCCCGCCCCGCCGCCGACGACGCGCCCCCCGCGCCCGCGCCCGCGCCGCCGCCCGCGCCCGCGCGCGCCACCUACGCGCCCUUUGAGGGCGCGAAGGGGGGCGGCGGGGCGGCGGGCGAGGAGGGCGAGGCGCCGCACUGAUGCCGCCAACUCGUAGUUUUGUACCAAAAAGAGAAACCGAACCGACGGCCCUCGCGCUCGCGAGUCGCCGCCCGCCGGCGCGUCAGAUUCGUAUUUAUUUAGGUGAUAUUUUUCUAUUGGCUACCGAAGGGGUUCCGUCUCCGGGCGCCGGGAGUCGCGCUCGAAGCUCUAGCGAUAAUUUAUCAGGUUCCUAAGACAUGUUCUGUAGUUAGGUUCUAUUUGCACGAAUUUUCGCGAAACACUGCCGCUUACUUCUGAACCCUCUCGUGAUCGGUCGUCGGACCGCUUCCUUCGUUUCGUAUGUUUAGUCAUUUUUAUUUCGUUACUGUACCAAUCUGAACACGAGGCAUUCGAGUGCCGAACGAGGGACCGUUGCAAUCGCAAAGUGAAUAUAUCAAAAUGGCAUAAUUUUAGAACUAACAUAGAUAUAUUAUAUAGUCAUUUCGUUCUAUAGAUGUAAUGUAAAAGAGAAUUUAUUUUGGAGUGAGUCGGGUCGGAAAUCGAGAAGUCUUCGGAGAGCUGUGAUCGUGAUGGUUAUAUGGAGUCAUAUUUUUAAAUACUUAUAAGAGAUAACGUAACGGUUAGCGGGCGUCGGAGGACGCGCGUCGCACAUCUGCACAGGGAUGUAUUUAUCAUAUCAACUAAGCAAUAACUAUUAUUUGAUAAUGAAAAUUAAAGAUUUUUUAAUUUUUAAAUACUAUUUUAACCGAGUUGUUAUAAACGUAGUUAGUAAAUAACUGAAUUCUCUAAAGUCCAUGAUCAUUUAUACAGUUCUUUUGAACGAUGAUCGAAACCUCAUAAUGGUUACUUGUCACAUAUGAAACUUCAUAUCAAACGUUAUUUUACGAAAUUUUGUACUAUUUAGUCGUGUUUAUUAUGUGUAGGAACAAGCAGAUAUUGUCCUUAAUGGCGACGAAAGAUUAAAAUUCGUUGGUUCUUUUUUAUAAAUACUCGCUUUUACUAUUUUAUUAAGCUAAAAAAUUGGCAACAUCGUUUAGCUGUUUUGUCAUAUAUUCAAUAAUUCGCACUGAUCACUGAUGAUACUCAGGUUGUUUUAUUCACGGCGUCUCGAACAAAUGAGAAUUGAAGCAAUACUCAUAAUAUCUGCUUGUUGUGGGACGAGUGCACUGCACGGCAGCCGGUCGGUGUGCCUGUGCGUUAAGUUACAGUUACCAGAGUUAGGAUAUUCUAUUGUAGUAGUCACGCAUCGCUACGUAGGAAAUCUUACCGACUUGUAAUGUUCUACGAUGCCAAUCGAUCUUUUUAAUGCUCAAUUUUGCCAAAUUUUACUUGCCGAAAGUCUUGUCUAUUAAUUUCGUCUACUAUUUAAACGAAACGCCAUUCCGCCCCGUUUCUCCUCGGAAUUGUGAGGGUAAGGAAAUGGCACGUCUGAUUUGCUCAAUGGUAUGCAUUAUAAUAUUCCUUUUGAAUUCUGUUCGUACGUUCUAGUAGAAGUUAAUGGUCGGCCCAAUGGAUAUAUCAUUAGAAAAUUUUUUAAAAAGAAAUUUUAAUUAUAAUUAUAGUAAAAUGAAAAAUUUUAUCGAGAAUAUUAAGUAUAAAUACUUAUGUGACGAAUGCUCGAGAUGCAAUAUGUUAAUUUAGUGCCAAAUGAUAAGUUAACUCGUAGCAAUAUGUCGUAUCCUAAUGCUCUUGUAAUUUCUCGCGUAGUGUUAAUGACCUAAGAGGUUAAAAGGUUUCUUUUACAAGACUAUAAUAAUAUAUUUAUACAGGGAAAGAGUUAGGUAUGUACGGUUCGGAUAUAAGAAUGUUGUUGCGGUAUAAUACUCAUUGUGGCAGGGUGUAAAAAUAAGUAGAGGCAGAUCGAAAUGUUCGGAGAGUUGGCGGGAUUUGUACGUCAGGAACUAAAUCAUAAAUGUCAAACACCUCAGCUACAUGGUAGUCAGUAAUCGUUUCUUUCCACUUCGUCUUCAUUAUUUUUACACUCUGUUUAAAAAGCACUGAAUGAGCAAUGGAACAGAGAAUUUAUUUACUCAAAUAAGUUUUUUUUUUAUUAUUUAUAAUAUUUUUUUUACUAAAAAUAUACAUUAUUUUGCAUUUUAUGAUUGUAAUGGCAGCUGUCCAUGUUUGCAGUGAAUGAUAAAAUCAAUCACUGUUUAAGGUUUCGUAAUUGAAUAAGAAACGAUACAUCGAACAUGACACAUUGGGCACAAAUGUUAGUAAAAUUCUAUGGCUUAUUUUUGCUUGCAAUACGUAAUUAUUCAAACGAGAAUGUUCCCAAACCGAUUGUUUGUGGAGCCCUUGUUAAAAAUCUAUAUUUUAUUAAGUAUAUUUUCACUGAGCAAUACAUCUAUAAAAUUAUGUAUAUAAGAAGAACAACAUAGAUGCCACUGUGCCCCGAGGGGUCAGUGUUGUGCCAAAAUUAAGUGCUAGUCUUUAAAAAAAAAAAUGUUGUUAUCAUUUUCAGAUUUUUAUUUAGUCCAGAAUGUGUUUGUUCCUGUGCUGUGAAAAUAAUAUUUUCUAACAAAUCAACACUAGGGUGUGAUGAAAAAUUAGAUAAUAUAGUUGUUUUUUUUGUGUCUUAGGUCUUAAUUUUAGGUCGGUUAUCGAAAAUUUAUUAUUUUUAAUUAGAAUUUAUUUUUAUUUACACUAUUAUACUAAAUUGACUCGUUUUGUGAUUGUUAUUAAUAAACUAAAUAUAUAUAAAAAUUUAUUAAAGCAACUAUAUUGUUUAAUUGUUGUGUGUAUAGGUCGACAACAACACAGGGUUUGUUGAUGUUAUUUGUAAAGAUAUUGAUAAGAUUGAAAAAUAUAUAUAAUUGGAAUUUGAAGGGCAAUUAAUUGUAUUCCUUCAGUUCUGAUAAAUAUUUACUGUGGUCCAUAUAUAUAGUCAGUUGUCGUCCUAUGGGGGAGUAGUGAUUCAAGUCAUAAGUGUAAUAUAUGAAGAGUUGUGUUGGUUUGUUGCUAUAUUUAUAGUAUUUAUAUUAAUAAUGAUGCACAUGAUGAUUUAGCUUUGAGCUCGUGCAAUAUUAUUCCAAAUUGUUUAUAGGGAAAACUGUUAUGAUAAUUUCUAAAUUGUUAUAUAAAUAUUUUUAUAAUUAUAAAAGACAAAGGCAACUUGAAUUCUAUUUUUGUUGUGCAUUUAUUCUCAAAUUUUAUCAUAUUACAAUACCACAAACUCAUUGUGGACUGUAAUGUCUGCAUCUGUGAAAAUUAUUAUUAAGCUAUGGUAGAUGGUUUUUUUAUAUAUUGCUGAUAUUGUGAGUCAAUUCUAGUAAUGUUAAUUCUCGUUAAUUUAGAAUAAUUUACAACAGUAAACAUAUUACGAUUGCUCAAUCGAGAUGCAACACUAACUGCAAAAUAGACAGAAAUAAUUUUAUAUUAAUAUGUCCUUUUAUAUUGUUAUUUAUCUAAUAAUUCAGUUUUAUAAUUUGUGAGUUGUGGCAGCGCAUGUUAUUGUCUUAUGUUUAUUCUUAAUAGAGGCCAAAUGUUGACUUGCUUAUGUGAGACUGUUUUGCCAAGAAUCAGAAAGUAUAUUACCUACAUUGUUUUAAAAUAAAUGCUUUUA